UUCUGUGGCCGAUCUUCAUGUGUCAUCAGACAACAAGACCGAUCCGGUCCGGCUCUGAAGCAGCGGCGUGGAGCUCGUGGGGUUCGUGGGCUGAAUGUUCUCUCUCCUGCGGCGGAGGAGUUCAGGAACAGACCAGAGUCUGUCUGUCACGCAGAGCCACGCUGCAGAACACGCCUGAGCACAGACACCUGAGGAGAUCGAACAGCAGCCGCGUCGGUCCGGGGAUGUACGGAUACGGCAGGAUGCCAUACACGACGCCUCUGCUGAAAGACAGACAGAGACGAUCAGCAUCAGACAUCCCAAAACAGAGCUACAGGACUCAUCAGAGGAAUCCGAGCCGACCUUACAGUCCAUUACCAAACAGCUCCUGCCCCGGAGCCCCGAAUCAGUACAAGAUCUGCAACACCAUGGCCUGUCCGUCGCCCAGCAGACCAAUCAGAGAGCUGCAGUGCUCCAGAUUCAACACACAGCUCUUCAUGGGCCGACUCUAUCAGUGGGAACCUUUCAAUGACGUGUCCAGCGGUCCGCGCUGUGAGCUCAACUGCCGGGCCGUGGGCUUUCGCUUCUACGUGCGUCAGGCGGACAGGGUCAUCGACGGCACCCCGUGUGGACCGAAGCGGACGUCUGUGUGUGUGGCCGGACGCUGUCAGAGCGCCGGCUGUGAUGAUCUCCUGGGUUCUGGGAAGGUUCCUGAUAAGUGUGGUGUGUGUGGAGGGGAUAACAGUGCGUGUAAGCUCGUCUCCGGCCUGUUCCAGCACAGUCUGUCCAAAGUGGGCUAUCACAAGAUUGUGGAGAUCCCGGCGGGAGCCACCAAGAUCAACGUCACCGAGAUGGUGAAGAGCAGGAACUACCUGGCCCUGCUCAGCCGGUCUGGGCGAUCCAUUAUUAAUGGAAACUGGGCCAUCAACCGUCCAGGAAUGUAUGAGGGAGUGGGAACGAUGUUCACGUACCGGCGGCCCAAUGAGAUCAGCAGCACCGCAGGAGAGUCCUUCCUGGCCGAGGGGCCCACCAACGAGAUCCUGGACGUGUUUAUGAUCUACCAGCAGCCCAAUCCAGGAGUCCAUUAUGAGUUCGUCAUGCCGUCGGAGAACGCUGUAGAAGCUCCACGGAACGCUGUGAACGGUCCGGCUGUUUCUGAUGCUGACGGACGGCUGACCCCGGAGGAUCAUAAGAGACCAGGGGUCAUAUACCCUCCUCCUGUCCUGAAUAAUCAGCUUCCUGCAGCUCCGCCUCCAACCGGAGCCAAAGAAUAUAACUGGAAGCUGAGCGGCUCCACAGACUGCAGCGCCUCCUGUGGACGAGGUCAUAGGUCCACCGUGUUCGUGUGUGUUCACCGAGUCACUCGCGCUCAUGUCUCCAGCGGUCUGUGUGACGGCAACACUAAACCCAGUCCUCAGGAGGAGCCGUGUAACGUCCAGCCCUGCCCGGCCUUCUGGGACAUCGGCGAGUGGUCUGAGUGCAGUAAGUCGUGUGGUCUGGGAGUACAGUAUCGUCAGGUUCUGUGUCGUCAGUCGUACAGUAACCGGACUCUGAGUGUUCCCAGCAGUCUCUGUCGGCAGACGGAGCGUCCCGAGACCAGCAGCUCCUGUCAGCUGAAGAUCUGCAGCGAGUGGCAGAUCCGCUCCGACUGGAGCCCCUGUUCGGUGCCCUGCGGUGUGGGUCAAAGGUCACGGGAGGUGCACUGUGUGAGUAAUGUGGGUGAUAUCGUGGCUGAUGAAGAGUGUAACAUGAAGCUGCGCCCGAGUGACGUGGAGAACUGUGAUGCAGGUGUGUGUACCAGGAGCUGGUUCUUCAGUGACUGGAGCUCUCAGUGCUCGGCGGAGUGUGGCAUGGGUGUGAGGACACGCAGCGUUCAAUGCCUCAACAAUCACAUCAGCAGCCUGCCCCUGGAGCGCUGCGGGACCCAACGGCCCCCCGAGGCCCAGCCCUGCAACAACGGCCCCUGUGAGAGCCGCACCGAGUGGUUCGCUGGGCCCUGGAGUCAGUGUUCGGUGGAGUGUGGUUCAGGGAGUCAGCAGAGGUCAGUGGUGUGUCUGAUGAGGUCUGACGAGGGUUUCUCUGUGAUGCCGUCGUAUGAAUGCUCGUCUCUGGACAAACCUCUCGGUCAGCAGAGCUGUUUCCUCAAAGCCUGUGGAGCUAAGUGGUUAUACACCGACUGGAGCGCGUGCUCAAAGACGUGUGAGACGGGCUUCCGUGUUCGAGAAGUGCGCUGUCUGACUGAUGACAUGAUGACCAGUGACCGCUGCGAGGACACACUGAAGCCUCACGACAAGGAGGAGUGUCACCCCGAGCCCUGCCUGCCUCUGAUUGAUGAGAAGUGUCGUGAUAAAUACUUCAACUGUAACGUGGUGGUGCAGGCGCGUCUCUGCGUGUAUGAUUACUAUCAGAUGGCGUGUUGUGCGUCGUGCACGCGUGUGGCUCAGAGGAGAACACGCUCCUGACCCCCUGGACACUCGUUAUCUCCGGACAGGACAGAACGGAGAAUCAGAGAGAAUCAGAGCCAGUGUGACUUCUGAUCUGAGUUCAGAGAGAGUGUGUGUGUGUGUGUGUGUGUGUGAUCAGGACAGAGUGCGACGCUGUAUUGAACUGCAGUGUGAACGAGUCGUGAAACUGGAUCCGCUUCUUCAGAUCUGAAACACAGAUCCGAUCCGGCUUUCUUUGGCCUGUUAUUGACGGAUGAACUCUCAUAAACUCGAUGAGCUUCACGGGAAAAACACAACGAUGGACAUGAUUCCCAUACGGAGCCAAAAUAGUCUCAAAAAAACAUUCACAUUCACUAAACCUGCAUUAUAUGUUCUUUAACUGCAAUAAUCACGUCCAGAUGUGUGUGUAGGUGUAAACACAUACAAUAUAUGUUUAGAAAAUAUUUACAUAUAUCUGCAUAAACAUAUACUUUAAAUAUAUAUAUAUAUACAUGUGUGUGUAUUUAUUAGUGCUGUCA